ACAAAAUUUUAAUUUUUGGGUUAACUAACCCUUUAAGAUGAAAAAAGAAAAGGUCCUAAAUAUGACUCGGCAAAAUAUGACCUAAACAUAAAGAACCAAGCAUACAAGGGCAUUAGUGUUCAUCAUUUAUUCUCUGAAUUCAAAAAUGAUUUCUAACGUUACUCCGUAGAAUAAACUCUUUGAAACGUCAUUGUUGUCCAACCACAAAUAUGUUUUGUCUUCCUCUAGCGGCAGAGUCACGCUAUCACCUCUUUCUUUGUACAAGGUUAAUCAUUUAACUUGUUGCUCGGUACCAUUUCUACCCGAAGGCAACCGUGUGUCAAGACGCGUGGUUAAGGUAUGCCCAGCAGCUGUUAUCUUCUGUCAUGGGUGAUAUUAGACAGCGCAAUGGCUCUGUGAGUAAUAAUGACACAGAUUUAUCUGUUGUCCCUUAUACAGCGGACGACAUCAGAGUGCUUUGUCAUAAAGUUGACGAUGGGGUCGUUGGGGAGGAAAUUGAGAUGCAAACUCGAUCAGAAGUGCCAGAUGCGGAUGCUGACGCAGAGGACUGCCGACGGGUCAACGGCGACGCUUUUUACCGGGUUUGUGUGCCGGUUUGCUGUAAGAGAAGCGACACUGACCGCGAUGAUGAGGAGAAGGAGGAGGAUGAUGAUGAUGGUGAGGAGGACACGGGGGCAAAAACAGUUGAAAAAGAAAAGAAACCAGCUUGUCCGGGGCUGGGCCUCAUGUACAGCUUGUUAGCAUCUGUCUUCUUCUCCGCUGCGGCUCUUCUUGUGAAGAAAAUCGAGGGGAUGCACGCCAUCCAAAUCAGUGCGGUUCGGUGCUUCUUCCAGAUGCUGUUUGUCAUGCCGGCCAUGAUAUAUUACAAAACUGGCUUUUUGGGACCAAGAGGUAUGCGAAUCUACCUGUUCCUCAGAGGGUUCCUGGGGUCCAACGCCAUGAUCUUGUUGUAUUAUGCAGUUCUGCAGAUGCCCCUAGCCGACGCCACGGUUAUAAUGUUCAGUAAUCCAGUUUUCACAUCCUUGCUGGCUUGGAUUUUCCUCAAAGAAAGAUGCACAAUAUGGGAUGUAGUUUUUACCGUGUUUACGCUUACCGGUGUCAUACUGAUAGCCAGACCACCAUUCCUCUUUGGUGGUGAGCUGUCUGGGAUCGAAGGAGACUACACCAAUCACAUCAAAGGCACGGUGGCCGCCUUCACGGGGGCGGUCGGAGCUGCUUGCACUAUGGUCAUUCUGAGAAAAAUAGGUAAAAGUGUUCAUUACUACCUCUCCGUCUGGUACUAUGCAGUCAUUGGACUCAUCGAGUGCAUCAUUGUUUUGUUCAUCUUGGACGAAUGGACCAUUCCGUCCUGCGGCUGGGACAGGUGGACUCUCAUGGCCAUCGGGUUGCUCGGUAUAGCCGGGCAGGCGUUUCUAACCAAAGCGCUGCAGAUUGAGAAAGCAGGACCUGUUGCACUGAUGAGGACGAUGGAUGUGGUUCUGGCCUUCAUCCUGCAGUUCCUGUUUCUCAACCGCAAACCCACAUGGUGGAGUCUGGGAGGGGCGCUGUGUGUGAUCUGCAGCACUAGUGGGGUGGCCAUAAGGAAGUGGCGUAACAGCACGAAACACAAGAGCUGAUCUCACAUUCUAGUGAGAUGAGAAGAGAUUUUUUAUGUUUCCUACAAAUAAUUGCUGCAUUAGAUACCAAAGAAGCUGUUUUACUGUAAUAAUAUACAUCGAAAGUCUCCAAUUUUUUCUUAGGACCUUACUGUAUGCAGUAUGUACAGUACAUUACAGUAUUUUCAGUAGUUUUGUAGUUUCUUAAAGUAUAUAUUCUUACCUCAACUGAGGGCUGUUAGUCAAGAUGCUACAGAUAUUUUUUAAUCGAGAUAAUAUUGUUGAGACAAUACUGCUUUAUCAUAUGGAGAUUAUGGUAAACUACAUAAUAACAGACUGCUGGUCAGAGCUUGGUGAGUGUAAAAAUCACCAAAAAUGUCAAUUCACUCAUCCUUUACUCACCCUCAUGCCGUCGCAAACCUGUAUGAUUUUUCUCUUCCAUGGAACUUAGAAGGAGAUGUUUUGUCAAAGUUGAUCUUUUCCAUAUAAGUUAUGUGUUCAUUUCAUUAGUUUAAUGAUUUGACUUUCAGUAUAUUAGUAGGACCAGUGUUUAUAACUAGAGAUGCACCGAUACUAAAUUUCUCCACCGAUACCGAUAGCCGAUAAU